AACAAGUAGCCCCAAGCUGGCGGUGGUGGUGGUGUAAAGUUUUAUUUUGCAAAAAUCAAAAGAAAAGAAGAAGAAGAAUUGAAAGAAGAAGAAGAAGAUGUCGGACGAAGAGCAUCACUUCGAGUCAGGGGCAGAUGCCGGCGCAUCAAAAACUUUCCCACAGCAAGCUGGUGCUAUCAGGAAGGGUGGUUACAUCGUUAUUAAGAAUCGUGCUUGCAAGGUUGUGGAAGUGUCAACAUCAAAGACUGGCAAGCAUGGUCACGCCAAAUGUCAUUUCGUUGCACUUGAUAUCUUCAAUGGAAAGAAACUUGAGGAUAUUGUUCCUUCUUCGCACAAUUGCGAUGUUCCAAAUGUUAGCCGUACUGACUACCAGCUCAUUGAUAUUUCUGAGGAUGAUUAUGUGAGUCUAUUGACUGAGAGUGGUGGUACCAAGGAUGACCUCAAGCUUCCAACUGAUGACGCUCUACUCAAGCAGAUUAAGGAUGGUUUUGAGGAAGGAAAGGACCUUGUUGUGACAGUCAUGUCUGCCAUGGGUGAAGAGCAAAUCUGUGCCAUCAAGGAUAUUGGUCCCAAGUAAAAUGAGCUUCUGGAAAAAUACUUGUUGAAAAGGGCAAGACUUACUUUUAGAUUUACUAUAUAUGGUUUUUGAGCAGUUAAUGGCUUAUUCAGAAACAUAUACUGGAUUUAUGGUGGUUAUUUGAUGUCUAUUAGGGUUUAUGCAGCUCCUAGUUUUAUUUCAGUUUCUAUGUGUUUUCAAGAUUUUGGCUGUUAGGGAGAAGGAUAUGUACACUUCGCAUCUCAUUUGUUGGGAAGCCACUUGUGUGAACUUAUGAAGUGCCUAUCUUUGUUCUUUUGGCCUGUCUUUCUAGGUUUCAACUAUUAUGCUAUUAAGUAUUUUCUUUCCUCUA